AACACCCACGACACGUAGGCUGUGAAGUCCCAUAAAAUACAAUGAUUAAUGGUUGUAUUCGUCGUUAUUCGUGCCUAUUUCAUAUAUACAUAUGACAAUUAUUAUAGGGAUUAUAGAUUUGAUUCGGUUCCUAUCGUAAGGAGUUUUGAAUAGAAGUAAUUUAAUUGAAUGAGAAUAGUAAACCGAAAUAGAUGGGGGAGGUGAGGAAACUGCACAAGAAGUUGAGACAGAUUGAGAAUCUGGAGAUCAAGGCUUCUCUUACAACAGAGGAGAGAGUUAAGGUCUCAAAAAAGGCGGAGCUUCGCGCCAGAUUGGCUGAGCUGCUGCUGCAACUUUCUGGCCCCCAGCAAACCCAAAGCAUUGUGGGAAAGAGGAGUGAGGAGAUGAAGAGACAAGUGGUGGAGAAUCCUGCGGCUCCCUCUGUCCAGUCACCCGCUCCCAAGAUGCCCAGAGCUGCAAGCCCAGAAACAGGAAAUGGACAGGAGGAAGGGGAGUCGGAAGAAGAACCAGAUUCACAAGCCAUUCCUGCCUCAACAGAAACCAGCAGCCGGCAACAACAAGAAGAAUCAGAAUUUUCAACCCUCAAAGCAUCCUGGGAAGCGACGAGAUUUCGGCUUCGAACUCUCGAGGGUCACAGUGACAUAAUCACUUGCGUGAUUGCCGUGGACAACCUUGUGAUCUCUGGCAGCCGCGAUACCACGGUGAAAGUGUGGCAUGUUCCCACGGCAACAGAGCAGCGCAAUCUGGGGGGUCACACUGGUGGAGUCACCUGUCUCUGUGCCCCCCCUCCAGAGUUCUGCAGGAGGAUGGCACGGUUCCUGGACCUCAGUGAAAAGGAGAGAUUCAUCCUCAGUGGCGCCGCUGACUGCUGCGUGAGAAUCUGGGUGCUCAGUUCAGGCCAAUGUGUCAAAUCCAUCUACACCUUCAACGCUGUGACAGCCAUCUGCUUCAUUCCCGAGGGACACGGAUAUAUCAUCACUGGAUCAGAUGGAGGCAAGGUCCAGGCGUGGAGCUGGCAGUCCAUGGAGAACUGUCAAUCAGUCAACGCGCACGAGGAGGCCGUCACCGCCCUACAGUCCCAGGGUCCCCUGGUGUUCAGCGGCUCGGCGGACGGCGGCCUGUGCGUGUGGGAGGUGCGCGCGUCCUCGCACGGGAGCCCCCUGCAGCGGCUCCAGGAGUGGGGGCCCUCGGUGACGGGCUGCGGCGGCACCCAGGCGGGUCACGGGGGGUCACACCGCGGGCACCUGGCGCUCAGCCCGCGCGGCGACCGCGUCUUCAUGGCCAGCGGCAGAGCCAGCAUCCGGGUCCUGGACUGGAGGAGGGGCACGCUGUCCAGAAUGACCAAUCACAGCAGCGCAGCCGGGGUGACGGAUUGCAUCAAUCAGACAUCUGGCCUACUGAUUGGCUCUUGCUUUGAUCUGGCCACUGGAGAGAGCACGUUGAACUUGUUCACUCUUCCCCGGUGCAGGUACCUCGUUUCUCUUAUCUCACCUGAGACACCCAGAAUCCUUUGCUUCUCGAUGUGGCGGACCGCCAGCGGAGACCACCGCUGGGUGACGGGCGGUCGGGAGCUCACGGUGUGGGAGCAGCUCCCAUCCAAGACGAAGCAGAAGGGAGACGUUGCGGUGAAGCGAGACAGCCGAUUGGACAGUUCACUGAUGGAGUCUGAAGAGGACUCGGAGGAGGAAGUGGACGAGGAGAGCGAUGACUACAGUGAGGAGGACUCCAUGCCCCAGGAUGCCUCUGACACGGAGGGGGUGGCCGGCUCCUCGUGGCUGCGAUGUGUUCUCCAGUGACAACCGGCUGACCGCACCGCCACUGGACCGGAGAGAGGCGACGCCUCCGAGCGAUGAAGAGGGACUCGGGGAAGAAGGGAGCGAGGGAGAGUGGAUCAGACAGAAGGAGGAAGGAGAAAAAGAUGAGAGGAGGAAAAAGACACACAGAGAGAGGAGGGACUGGGUAAUGGAGAGAAUGAGAGAGAGAGAGAGAGAGAGAGAGAGAGAGAGAGAGAAAGAGAGAACCAGAGAGCAGAGAGAGAAGAGAGGGGGAGUGAAGUGUGACAGAUUGAGUGAGGGGCGAUUGAGAAGAGGCAUACGGAGAGAGAGAGAGAGAGUGAGAGAGAGAGAGAGAAGUGAGGAGGAGAGAGCCCAGAGAGCAGAUUGUUUUCCAUGUAAAUGUUGCCUGUUGUUUGCAAUAAAACUGCCAAAUUGUGAA